AUGCCGAUUGAACCGGAAAAGCCGGAAAUUCAAAAAAAUACGGCCUACAAGGUUCCGGUCGAAACCGACAUCCCUGACCCUCUUGAUGAACUUCGUGACGCUGACGAGGAACCGGGAAUUCCGGAAAAAGAAGCUGGCAUUCCGGCAGAGCCCAAAAGCCCCGAGGCUCUAGUUGCUGUAAUUGAGGAGCAGCCCCCGAUUAAGGUACAGAUUUCGCAUACAGAAAACCGGUCCGAACAGCCGGAAAUUGAACCGGCGCAAUCCGGAAAGCAGGCUGAUAUGACGCCUGAGAAGCCGAGCUCCAUUCCGAAAGUUGAUGACCAAAAACUGGGAACGAAAGACGAAAAAGAAGAAGCUGUACUCUCCCCAGACCAUCCGCUUUCCUCUUCUCCGCUUAUUGCUGAUCCGGAACCGACGGAAAUUGUCCCAACCACAAUUCCAGUCGCUAUAAUAGAGCGCCUGACUGAAACCCCAACCCCAACGUCUCAAUCGGCCAACCAAGCUCUUGCUGCCCUUGACGAGCUUCUUCGGCUACAAGGAGAAGCUCGGGCCUCGUUGCAGAAUGCUUCGACUUUAGGCUAUUUAACGUCCCCGUUGGCUGCUCGUUCUCAUCUCUCCACGAUAUUCUCAGAAUCGGAGGCUGAUCCCGAAUUGGAGGAAGAGGGGGAUGAUGUCGCAGAGUUGAGCGAACUCAAGAGCAUAGCGGAACCGCUCGACUUCAAGAAGGCGUCGUUCUCAUCGAUUGCAAGUACCCAGGGUAGACAGGACUUUGUCGACGCCCUUCAUAACAUUCAUCAGGCACUCGCACAGCCUUCGCCCGAACGCCAGAAGACCCCUCUGGCCGACGAGCAACCACUCCAGGUCAACAGCACCCACAUUCGGCUCACCGAUCGCCCCGUCCAAAGGAAGAUGGACUCUCCACAAGACUACUCGCCGAACGGGUCGCCCCGCCAUGUGCCAAUUCCCCCUCAACACGAGCACUCGAAUCCCGAAUCUGUCGACAGCACCGGGUUCGAGAAGCUGGAGCGUCCAUCCGACGACGUGCUCGAGCAGUACAGCCAGAACUUUGCCCAGCAGAUGCAGCAAAGCCUCUUCGGGCAGCUGCCCGACGAUCCGGAUUUUGCACGCGACGCCGGCUUCGAACUCGUAGAAGCGGAAGACACGGAAGGCACGAUGAGGCUCGGAGCUGGAAGCAGUCGAGGAGGAGGAGGAGGACAAGCUGAACCUCCGUUCCACAACGACGACAGUGAUCAAGUGCACAUCCUUCAUCGAAUCCCUGGUGAUAUCGACGGACCGGGUUCGUCGCCAAUGGAACGAACACCCCGUGACGAUAUUCUGGAGAAGAGCUACGGUGGACACGAUGAUGAUCUCGUCGACAUUCCGCACAACAACGUCCCACACCACGACCUUUUGGGCGACGUUCACGAGGCGGAACCACGACACCCGUCACCACCACGCGAUGAUCUCGACGACUUGCUGGCCCCGGUGCACGACAUCGCCCAUCACGAUCAACCCCAUCGGCAGCAGCCAGCUCCUCCAUCGCCACCAGCUAUCCACCAUCAAGAAGAUCCCAUCCACCAUGACGAUCUCUAUCGCGAUAGGCCGAUCCAUGAUGAGCCGAUCCGGGAGCACGUCGAGGAUCUUCACGAUGAUGUCGACGCGUUGAUGGCCGGAUUGAAGGGAAAUGAAGAGACGUGGGCCCCUGCCGCCCCACAACAAGAUGAACAUCCCGCAUCUCCCAGCGGUGAUUCUGGCCGCGACACUGUGGGCAAACUGCUCGGCGAGACGGAUGGGCCCCACUUUGGCCGUCAGACCCCAGAAGAGCAGAUGAUGGAACGUUCGGGCCCGCUCACCAUUCCCGAACUGCCCGAGGCCGUCCCGCAACUCAACGACGAUGAACUGGACGCAUUUGUUCGACCCGCCUCUGGACAUGGAUUCGAGACGGAGCCUCGUCCACCAACCCCACCAAAGGACCUCUCGGAUGAGGACGUCAAGCCGUCCGUCGUCAACCUCGGCCCAGCCCCACCACAUCAUCAUCACGGCCACAAGCACUCGAUCCUGAAGCACGGCUCCUCAUCGCCAUGGUUCGACUUCAAAUCGGUCGACCCGAGAGUGCUCGAUCUGAUCUACUGGCGCGAUCCGAAGAAGUCAGGAGUGGCCCUGUCGUUGACGCUGAUCGCCCUCUUCGUCUUCGCCAAAUAUCCGAUCCUAUCUGUGGUUGUCUACACAUCAUUGGCUGUCCUUGCCGGUACCGUUGGCUUCCGAUUGUUCAAGGCCGUCGAGGCGCAGAUCAAGAAGACUGAGCAACAGAAUCCAUUCCAACCUCUUCUGGACCAUGAAUUGACGGUUCCCCAAGAGAAGGUACAUGAACAGGUUGAUGUUCUCGUGGAGCAUGGACAAGUACUGGCCAAUCAGACCCGUCGUCUAUUCCUCGUUGAAUCGAUUGUCGAUUCUGUCAAGUUCGGACUUCUUCUGUGGGCAUUGACCUAUGUGACGUCGUGGUUCUCUGGAUUCGGCCUGUUGAUUCUCUUUGUGCUCGGCAUCUUCUCCAUCCCCAAAUUCUACGAGGUUUACCAAGAGCCGAUCGAUCAGAAUCUCGGACUUAUCAAGGGACAUAUUGACAACAUUACCAAUACCCUCGAAGAGAAGCUGCCAUUCCUGAAGAAGAAGGUGGAGACGGAGAAGAAAGAGCAG